AUGGCUGUUGGCAAGAACAAGAGAUUGUCUAAGGGCAAGAAGGGUCUCAAGAAGAGAACCCAGGAUCCCUUCACCCGCAAGGACUGGUACUCAGUCAAGGCACCUUCCACCUUCCAAGUCCGAGAUGUCGGCAAGACUCUGGUCAACCGCACGACCGGUCUGAAGAACGCCAACGAUGCUCUCAAGGGCCGUAUCUUCGAGGUCUCCCUCGCCGAUCUCCAGAACGAUGAGGACCACGCUUUCCGCAAGGUCAAGCUGCGCGUCGACGAAGUUCAGGGCAAGAACUGCCUCACCAACUUCCACGGUCUCGACUUCACCUCCGACAAACUCCGAUCCCUCGUCCGCAAGUGGCAGACCUUGAUCGAGGCCAACGUUACCGUUAAGACUACCGAUGACUAUCUACUACGCCUCUUUGCCAUCGCCUUCACUAAGCGCCGGCCCAAUCAGAUCAAGAAGACUACCUACGCUGCCAGCUCCCAGAUCCGCGCCAUCCGCAAGAAGAUGACCGAGAUCAUCCAGCGGGAAGCCACCAGCCAGACCCUCGCCGGCCUGACUGGUAAGCUCAUCCCUGAGGCCAUUGGCCGUGAGAUCGAGAAGGCUACACAGGGUAUCUACCCGCUGCAGAACGUCCACAUCCGGAAAGUCAAGCUACUCAAGGCACCCAAGUUCGACCUGGGAGCGCUGUUGGGUCUGCACGGUGAGAGUGCUCAGGAUGACAGUGGUGCGAAGGUCGACCGGGAGUUCAAGGAGCCUGCUCCUCUGGAAAGCGUGUAA